AUGCCGAUUUUUCCAAGCGUGUGCUGGGAGGCCCACGACUCACACCGUCACUGGGGAGGCGGAAGGGAGCGACGUUUUGGACAAGAGCUGCCACAGACCAUGUGUCCAGCCGGGAUCGGAUCGGGGACCGCGGGAGAAUCUGCUGAGGGUUUACGUGCCGGCGGAGGCCCGAGCGGGGCCCGAGGGUCCUGGGGCCUCCGGGCGGUGGUGCCGCGGCCGCUGCCCCUCGUGGGUGGCAAGGCUCCUUCGACCCGCGCCCGGGAGCCGACGCACGUUUCCCCCCCGGCCUGGGGGCUCGGGCUCCCGCGCCCGGUCCCGCGACGUCCAAGGGCAAGAUCCAACGUGCCCUCGCCGCGCGGGGGCCCCGAACAGCUGCGUCUCGCCUGGGGCUCCGGCUGCGGCGCCUCCCCGCUUCCCCGCGGUCUCAACCGUGGCUCUUGCUGCCAACGAAUUUGGUGUCACGCGCGACCCGCCCGUGGCCACUAUCCCCGACCCCUACACCAGCGGGCAGUGGGCGUUUUCGGAAGAACGGGGUCAACCGCUUCCAACUACAGUGUGGGCUGCUGGCUGCUAUUCCAUGUGGAUAGGAUUCCUUGCUCUCGUCUACACGGUAAUCCAGCCCGCUUCCAGUUUGUUGACGCCAGCAGGCUUAGCCAGUGGUCCUGUAGGGAAUCGGACGUCUGCCGGGAGGAUGAUAAUAGCAGGAACCACAAUAGUACUGAGAAUGAUAACGGUGGCGGCUUCAGCGAGUUUCUGAGACGACAGAGCAUCUGUGUGAGGCCGCCUUGUCAACCGCACGCCAACAAUAUGCUGUCCCCGUCGCUCCUUCAGCCUCUGGCCUCCGAAAAUGCGCUGCACCAGUGCAGGUGUUCACUGUCUCCCUGAAUUGUCUAGCAGUCUCUCGGAAAUGCUCUCUCGAGAGGGGUCUCAAGCCGCCUUUCUAAGGUACCGGGGAAAACAAGACUGGCGAGGAGGGGGCUCUGGGCCUCAGUGCCCGGAAGGGCGUGGGGAAGCGGGCACGGGCGUGUGAUGCUGCUGAGAGGCUCCAGCAGUAGGACUUCUCCGAGAGGUCAUUAGCCAGUACGCAGCACACUUUAAAAAAGUGAGCAUUCCUUCGAUUCAGCAACCCUACCUCCUAGAGGGAAUAAUUACACAAAGGAGGUAGGAUGUGUCUGUGAGAAUGCCUGUCAGGGCGAUUUAUAAAGUCUUAAAAAUUGGAAAGACUCUAAAUAUACCAGUAGUUAAGUAAAUAUGACACACCCGUUAAAUAAAAUGGAAUACUGUACCAAAACUGAAAAUAAUUGUGUAGGUCUGUAUUGACCGACCUGAGACGUAUUUGUGAUCUGUUCCUAAAUUUAAACAAAUGAAGCCUGAGGAGGGGCUCAGGGGAAACUGCUAGGGUGCCAGCAGCGUUCGGUGUCUCGGCCUGGGCGGCGACGACACAGGUGGACCCGUAUGUAAAACUUCAUUGAGCUGUGCAUCCAAGAUUCGGGAUG